CGCGUCGGUCCAUGUUACGCGUCCAUGGUCCACGUUAUGUUACGGUUUUCGUAUCGUUGACAGACCGUCGUUCGCAAAAGACCAACCAAUCGGUUACUCGCCGUCUUUCGUCACGUAAUUUCGAACAUCGGAAUAUUCAGUAACUAGCAAUUACGUUUUUACGUAAUUUGCAUAUUAUAUACUGCAGUCUGGGUGGUUUGACUAGUACUCGAAAAUCCAUGAUGGCGGACGCUGAAACAUCGCGCUAGUGCAUGCGGACGUAAUUCCCCUGCGUACCUGUGUUUUUGUUUCUGUUCUCGAGGAAGGACAGAAUCAUAUUCGGAUUCGACUCGUCGCGGUUUUCUCGAUCGCGGUACUCUGCUUCGGCUAGAUCGUUCGCGCGAGCAACUCGCAACAUUUUUCUUGCGCCGCACUUGUUCGCGUGUCAAAUUUUUAUGGUGGCCGUGAUCAUGCAAGCACAGCAGCAGCCGCAGCAACAGCAGCAGCAGCAGAACCAUCAACAAAUUGCGGGCACCAGUGUCAUUCUCAAGAUGAACGAGAUACAACAGCUUUCGACAGUUGGGCUACUGGAACUGGCUCACAGGGAGUAUCAAGCAGGAGACUAUGAAAAUGCGGAGCGACAUUGUAUGCAGCUCUGGCGACAGGAAACCAACAACACAGGGGUUCUUUUGUUGUUGUCUUCGAUUCAUUUUCAAUGCAGGAGGCUAGAUAAGUCUGCUCAUUACAGUAGCUUAGCGAUAAAGCAAAACCCCUUGCUGGCAGAAGCUUACAGCAACCUUGGAAAUGUUUUCAAGGAGCGCGGUCAGCUACAGGAAGCUUUAGAAAAUUACAGACACGCCGUCAGGUUGAAACCAGAUUUCAUCGAUGGGUACAUCAAUCUGGCAGCUGCGUUAGUGGCUGCAGGAGAUAUGGAACAAGCAGUUCAAGCAUACGUGACCGCUUUGCAAUAUAACCCUGAUCUCUACUGCGUGAGAAGCGAUCUUGGUAAUCUUUUGAAAGCAUUAGCAAGACUUGACGAAGCAAAGGCUUGCUAUCUAAAGGCGAUCGAAACGCGUCCGGACUUCGCCGUUGCCUGGAGCAAUCUCGGCUGCGUGUUCAACGCCCAGGGAGAAAUAUGGCUGGCGAUUCAUCAUUUUGAAAAGGCGGUGGCGCUGGAUCCAAACUUUCUGGACGCGUACAUCAACCUUGGCAACGUCCUCAAAGAGGCUAGGAUAUUCGAUAGAGCUGUAGCUGCCUAUCUGCGUGCUUUGAAUCUCAGUCCCAACAAUGCAGUCGUUCAUGGAAAUUUGGCGUGCGUCUAUUACGAACAAGGGCUCAUCGACUUGGCCAUCGACACGUAUCGUCGCGCCAUUGAGCUGCAACCGAAUUUCCCAGAUGCUUAUUGCAAUUUGGCGAACGCGCUCAAGGAAAAGGGCCAAGUGGCGGAGGCCGAGGAUUGUUACAAUACCGCUCUUCGCCUCUGCCCAUCGCACGCCGAUUCCCUUAAUAAUCUGGCCAACAUAAAAAGGGAACAAGGGUACAUAGAAGAAGCAACACGACUAUAUUUGAAAGCGCUUGAAGUAUUCCCCGAGUUCGCGGCAGCUCAUAGCAAUCUUGCUUCUGUAUUGCAACAGCAAGGAAAACUAAACGAAGCUCUGAUGCAUUAUAAAGAGGCUAUUCGUAUUCAGCCGACUUUCGCGGACGCUUACUCGAAUAUGGGUAAUACCCUGAAAGAAAUGCAAGACAUACAAGGGGCUCUUCAAUGUUACACGAGAGCUAUUCAAAUUAAUCCCGCUUUUGCCGAUGCUCAUUCCAAUUUAGCCUCGAUCCACAAGGAUUCCGGGAACAUUCCCGAAGCGAUUCAAUCGUACAGAACCGCUCUGAAAUUGAAGCCCGACUUUCCAGACGCGUAUUGCAAUUUGGCGCACUGCCUGCAGAUUGUGUGCGACUGGACCGACUACGAAGCAAGAAUGAAGAAACUGGUCUCGAUCGUCGCGGAACAGCUCGACAAGAACAGAUUACCGAGCGUGCAUCCGCAUCAUUCCAUGCUCUAUCCGCUGUCUCACGAGUUCAGAAAAGCUAUCGCAGCUAGACACGCGAAUCUCUGCAUCGAGAAGAUUCACGUUUUGCACAAGCAACCGUACAAGUAUCCACGCGAAGUCGGUGCCCGCUUGAGAAUCGGUUACGUUUCGUCAGAUUUUGGAAAUCAUCCCACCAGCCAUCUCAUGCAGUCGAUUCCGGGACUUCACGAUCGACAAAGCGUUGAAAUUUACUGUUACGCUCUUAGCUCCGACGAUGGGACGACCUUCCGGGCGAAAAUCGCGAGAGAAGCCGAGCACUUCGUCGAUCUAUCACAAAUUCCGUGCAACGGGAAAGCCGCGGAUCGUAUUAAUUCCGACGGGAUACAUAUUUUAGUCAACAUGAACGGCUACACGAAAGGCGCUAGAAACGAAAUAUUUGCUCUGCGACCGGCGCCGAUUCAAGUCAUGUGGCUUGGAUAUCCGGGAACAUCGGGGGCGAGCUUCAUGGAUUAUUUAAUUACAGACGAAGUUACCUCGCCAUUGGAACUUGCUAGUCAGUACAGCGAAAAGCUCGCUUACAUGCCGCACACGUACUUCAUAGGAGAUCAUAAACAAAUGUUCCCCCAUCUAAAAGAACGCCUCAUUUUAACGGACAAAUUGAACAUGAAGGGUAAAGUGGCCGACAACGUUGCCGUUAUAAACGCGACUGAUCUUUCUCCGAUGAUCGAGAACACAUUGAUCAAAGAAAUCCGCGAGGUGAUCGUACCCGAUGCCAAAAACAAGCCGGUAGAGAUCUCGUUGAAAGUCGCUGAACUGCCAACAACUACUCCUAUCGAGACAAUGAUCGCUUCCGGACAAUGCCAAAUGUCCGUGAACGGUGUCGUAGUUCAAAACGGCAUGGCUACCACGCAAGUGAACAACAAAACAGCUACAGGUGAAGAGGUACCUCAGAAUAUUGUGAUCACAACGAGACAACAGUACGGUUUGCCAGAGGACGCGGUCGUUUAUUGCAAUUUCAAUCAGUUGUAUAAGAUUGAUCCGCUCACGCUUCAUAUGUGGGCACACAUUCUAAAACAUGUGCCAAAUUCGGUGUUGUGGUUGCUGCGAUUUCCGGCGGUCGGAGAGCCAAAUUUACAAGCAACGGCGCAACAGUUGGGUUUGUCGCCCGGUAGAAUUUUGUUCAGCAACGUUGCCGCUAAGGAGGAACACGUCAGACGAGGACAACUAGCCGACGUGUGCCUAGAUACACCGCUUUGUAAUGGUCAUACUACUAGUAUGGACGUUCUAUGGACUGGAACUCCAGUGGUCACCCUGCCAGGGGAAACGUUAGCGUCUCGCGUUGCUGCUAGUCAAUUGAAUACUUUAGGAUGCCCGGAGCUGGUUGCACGGACACGGCAAGAAUACCAAGAUAUCGCUGUUCGUUUAGGCACCGACAGAGAAUACUUGAAAGCGAUAAGAGCAAAGGUAUGGAAGGCACGAUCCGAGAGUCCUUUGUUCAGUUGCAAACUAUACGCGUUGGGUAUGGAAAUGUUAUACAGAAAGAUGUGGGAGCGUUACGCGCGAGGUGAAAAGCCCGAUCACGUGGCGGCAGUAGAGAAGAACGAAAGAGAGAAGAUGGCGAUAACAGCCGCGUCAUAAGAACGAUCUCCGCAAUUUGUUUUUAUUUAUAUGCAGCUUUAAUUCCAUAACGUCUGUUGUCCUGGAAAUUUAGCAUUUACAAAACAGAUGAUAAGCGAUGUUUCAAGAAAAUUCGAUUUUCCCGUAAUUCUCCGUACUUUGUUUUGUACGAUAAAUCCCAGAGUUUAGAGAAUACGUAGAGCAAACAUGUCCAAACUAAGCUUCGGAGUCAUCAACCCCGACCAUUUACCAUGAAUAUCAAUCACAUGCUGCCCGAUGCUAUGCUAUGCGAUACGCACCCAUUGUGAACGUUUCUCGUGAAACCUUUGAUACACGAAUGUUUGACUAACCAUGUGACGUUUAAAAAACAAACAUUGUGGAUUGUCGCACCAUACGAGUCACGAGAAAUAUGCUCGCCUCUUGUGUUUCAUUAUCUUAUCUUCGACCCUGUUAUUUAUACAUUACAAUUUUCGCGUAACAAUUAUCUCGUACAAGACAAUUGUUUAUCUUUAUUUUUAGACGAUUAACUGUCGGACGAAUAAAGGGGUAGGGAUGUAAUUUUUUGAAACAGGUGCACAAGCAUACUUACAGUGACAUGGUUUAUUUCACUUACUGUCCCUAGUAUCUCUACUUUCGAGAGAUUUUUGACGCGUGACUCGUCGACGAUCUCGAAUAGCUACAAAGAUGCUUUCUUUUCCGGUUGUUCUUUGUAGUGAGAUCGUAGCACGCUGCAAUAUUUGUCGUUUGCUUCGAAUACGAUUCGCUCGUAAAAGAAGGUAUAACGAAGAAUAAGUAAGUCUGAGUAUAGAUUAUACGCAUCAGAAUGUUAUCACUAGCAACCGCUGACAGCGAAAAGUGCAAGUUUGUAUUAUAUAUAUAUAUAUAUGAUCGACUGAUGAUACACGUUGUAAAUAUUAUAUUUAAAAAAAAAAAAAAGGAGGUAAUCGUUAGUUAUUACUUUAGUUUGAUAGUGAAUUGCAUAAAUUAAGAUCGAAAAAUGUGUGAGGUAGCGAAAGACGUUGACUGUAGCAAAACUUCUAAUGUACGUCUAUAGAAUAAAAAAAAAUUACGAACAUAAUUUGAAAGAAUGUGAACGUUGUGUUGCAAGAAUGCCUCGAUAAAUAUGCGGUAUACGUUUAAUUUCUGUUUGUGAAACCAUUGCUCGAACUUUGAUAUAACACCGAGUUCUCAUAGAAAUAUACAGGUAAAUAAUCGGA